GGCAUGAACUGAGCAUGGCGAGCGGCCUCGGCCCGCGCUGGCCCCGCCGAGCGGCCCCGGGCGGCGGUGGGGGACUCCUGCUGCUGCUGCUCUGCGCCGCGGCGGGGCUGCCCCGGAGCGCACCGCAGGUGCUGCGGAUCGGAGGGAUAUUCGAAACUGUGGAAAAUGAACCUGUUAAUAUUGAAGAAUUGGCGUUCAAGUUUGCUGUCACCAACAUUAACAGGAACAGAACACUGAUGCCUAAUACCACAUUAACCUAUGACAUCCAGAGAAUUAACCUUUUCGAUAGUUUUGAAGCCUCAAGGAGAGCCUGUGACCAGCUGGCCCUGGGCGUGGCGGCGCUGUUCGGGCCGGCGCACAGCUCGUCGGUCAGCGCCGUGCAGUCCAUCUGCAACGCCCUGGAGGUGCCGCACAUCCAGACCCGCUGGAAGCACCCCAGCGUGGACAACAGGGACGCCUUCUACAUCAACCUGUACCCCGACUACGCCGCCAUCAGCAGGGCCGUCCUGGACCUCGUGCUCUACUACAACUGGAAAAUCGUCACCGUGGUGUACGAGGACAGCACGGGUCUCAUUCGCCUGCAGGAGCUCAUCAAAGCCCCUUCCAGGUACAACAUCAAAAUCAAAAUCCGCCAGCUGCCCUCUGGGAACAAGGAUGCCAGGCCUCUGCUGAAGGAAAUGAAGAAGGGCAAGGAGUUCUACGUGAUAUUCGACUGCUCGCACGAGACGGCGGCAGAAAUCCUCAAGCAGAUUCUCUCCAUGGGAAUGAUGACAGAAUACUACCACUACUUUUUUACAACACUGGACCUGUUUGCGCUGGACCUGGAGCCCUACAGGUACAGCGGGGUGAACAUGACGGGCUUUCGGCUGCUCAACAUCGAGAACCCGCACGUGUCGGCCGUGGUGGACAAGUGGUCCAUGGAGCGGCUGCAGGCGCCGCCCAAGCCCGACUCGGGGCUCCGCGACGGCACCAUGACCACGGAAGCAGCGCUGAUGUACGACGCCGUGUACAUGGUGGCCGUGGCCUCCCAGCGAGCGGCCCAGAUGACCGUCAGCUCCCUGCAGUGCCACCGCCACAAGCCCUGGCGCUUCGGGCCCAGGUUCAUGAACCUCAUCAAAGAGGCACGGUGGGAGGGCCUGACCGGGCGCAUCACCUUCAACAAAACCGACGGGCUCAGGAAGGACUUUGACCUGGACAUCAUCAGCCUCAAGGAGGAAGGCACAGAAAAGAUCGGGGUCUGGAACUCCUACAGUGGCCUUAACAUGACGGACAGCAACAAGGACCGGUCCACCAACAUCACGGACUCCUUGGCCAACCGCACGCUCAUCGUCACCACCAUUCUGGAAGAUCCCUAUGUGAUGUACAAGAAGUCUGACAAGCCCUUGUAUGGCAAUGACAGGUUCGAGGGGUACUGCCUGGACCUGCUAAAGGAGCUGUCAAACAUUUUAGGCUUCAUCUAUGAGGUCAAACUCGUUUCUGAUGGCAAAUACGGAGCCCAGAAUGACAAGGGAGAGUGGAAUGGGAUGGUCAAGGAACUCAUAGAUCAUAAAGCUGACCUGGCUGUUGCUCCUCUCACCAUUACCUAUGUCAGAGAGAAAGUGAUUGAUUUCUCCAAGCCCUUCAUGACACUGGGAAUCAGCAUCUUGUACCGGAAGCCCAACGGGACCAACCCCGGCGUUUUCUCCUUUUUAAACCCUCUCUCUCCAGAUAUUUGGAUGUAUGUUCUCCUGGCCUGCCUUGGAGUCAGCUGUGUCCUCUUUGUCAUUGCCAGGUUUACACCAUACGAGUGGUAUAACCCCCACCCGUGCAACCCAGACUCAGAUGUGGUGGAAAACAAUUUUACUUUACUAAAUAGUUUCUGGUUUGGAGUUGGAGCUCUCAUGCAGCAAGGAUCAGAGCUGAUGCCCAAAGCUCUUUCCACCAGAAUAGUUGGAGGAAUAUGGUGGUUUUUCACCUUAAUCAUAAUCUCAUCCUAUACUGCCAACCUGGCUGCCUUCCUGACCGUGGAGAGGAUGGAAUCUCCCAUCGACUCGGCGGAUGACCUGGCCAAGCAAACCAAGAUAGAGUACGGGGCUGUCAGGGACGGAUCCACCAUGACCUUCUUCAAGAAAUCCAAAAUCUCGACGUACGAGAAGAUGUGGGCGUUCAUGAGCAGCAGGCAGCAGACGGCGCUGGUGAAGAACAACGACGAGGGCAUCCAGCGCGUGCUCACCACCGACUACGCCCUGCUCAUGGAGUCCACCAGCAUCGAGUACGUCACCCAGAGGAACUGCAACCUCACCCAGAUCGGGGGGCUCAUCGACUCCAAGGGCUACGGCGUGGGCACCCCCAUUGGGUCCCCAUACAGGGACAAGAUCACUAUCGCCAUCCUGCAGCUGCAGGAGGAGGGCAAGCUGCACAUGAUGAAGGAGAAGUGGUGGCGAGGCAACGGCUGCCCCGAGGAGGACAGCAAGGAAGCCAGCGCCCUGGGCGUGGAGAACAUCGGGGGCAUCUUCAUCGUGCUGGCGGCGGGGCUGGUGCUCUCCGUGUUCGUGGCCAUCGGAGAGUUCAUCUACAAGUCGCGCAAGAACAGCGACAUCGAGCAGUGUCUGUCUUUCAACGCCAUCAUGGAGGAGCUGGGAAUUUCCCUCAAGCACCAGAAGAAGCUGAAGAAGAGGUCGAGGACGAAGGGGAAAUCGUCCUUCCCGAGCAUCCUGACCUGCCAGCAGCGGCGCACGCUCAGGAAGGAGACCAUGGCGUGAGCGGGCAGGGGCAGCAGGACAGAGCCGGCCCGCCUGGGGGACGCAAAUUCCCUCUCCUCAGAGGCUCCCUGUGGUUUCUUUUUUUAAUCUAGAGGUACAGCAGCUGAAAUGCUCGCCUAGACUGAUGUACUACCGAUCCUCCGGGAGGUGUCUGGCUCUUCCUCUGGGCUGGAUUUCUCUGCUCACCUGAUCUGCAUCUCUGUCCCCUCCCCGUGCAUCGCUGUAUGUGCUUUCUAAAUAAAUAAAUAAACAACU